AGUAUUUUUGUGCUGGACUCACAUCCGUUACGCUCCGUGCCUGAAGCCGGUCAGACUUUUCCCUUGCUGAUCCCUGAUUGUUGCAAUCACCGGCGUAACGAUGUCGCUGCAAGCCGCCUCCGCUAAGGUCUGCAUGCGUGGCUUCAAUGCCACCCUGGCUCGUGGCCUUUCCAGCCAGAGCAUUGCGGCCAUGGGUGCCAGCACCCCUGCCGCUACCGAGCAGGUGACCAAGUCGGUGGUCAUGAUGCAGACCCCCAUCGUGGCUUCUAGCCCAAGCGCCAUCGCCAGCGGCAUCCGCGCUCAGGCUGCUGCCAGCCCCAUGACCCUCAAGCAGGAGCGCGCCAUGAGCGUGCUGGCUGCCUCCAAGAUGGUCGGUGCCGGUUGCGCCACCAUUGCCCUGGCUGGUGUCGGUGCCGGUCUGGGUGUCAUGUUCGGCUCCCUCAUCAACGGCGCUGCCCGCAACCCCAACAUUGCCAAGCAGCUGGUCGGCUACGCUCUGCUGGGAUUCGCUCUGACUGAGUCUAUUGCGCUGUUCUCGCUGCUGGUCGUCUUCCUCAUUCUGUUCGCUUAGAUUAUGUUGCAUGGCUGGUUUAGGUCAGACGGGAGAGGUUGGGCAGCAUAAGGCGAAGCGUUUGCGGAGAAGGGGUGUUAGGCAGGGUUUUGGGUUUUCCCUGACGUGAAGACAGGUUAGGUAGUGGUGGAGUGAUGUACUGACUUUACGUAUCAGACCGUGACUACGCUGCUUGCGGCGGUACAUUUAUACCUCGAACGACGACAGUUCCUACCAUUGCCUGUAACCAUGGCAUGAGAACUCCAUUAACCUGCGACCAUCAUACCUCGACAUGACCACACAACCCCUUUAGUAAUGUUACACCUUGACAGGCAGUUGUGCCUUCCAAGAAGUCGUCUUCCUAAUACACUCACUCCAGCACUUAACCCCUCUUCGGUUACUGUGAACCUCAGCUGCAGAGUAGCCACUCAGUUGGGUCACUUCUGACGACGAAGCUAAAAGGAAAACUAGUAGCACGACUGA